AUGGCUCCCGUCGCAACCUCUGACUCUGCUACCACCAACGGCACCACUAACGGUGCCCAGCCAUCCAUCGAAGCCUUGAAGGCUAAGGUGGCGGGUACCUUCAACCCGUUCUACUCUCCUGAGGCCGGUGAUGAGAACGACGAGGGCUACGAGUACGCGAAGUACAAGCCGCACUUCCCUGACGUCAAGUGGGAGCCCCUCGGACCUCAAGAGGUCACUGAUCGCGGCCUUCUCGCUGAUCCGGAGAAGAAGGCGCUGCUUUCCGCUGCCACCAAGGUUCAGAACCUCACACCCGCCAUCGGCACUGAGCUCUCCGGCAUCGAUCUCAGGCAGCUCUCGGACAAGCAGAAGGACGAGCUUGCGCUCCUCGUGGCCGAGCGGGGCGUUGUCUUCUUCCGUGACCAGGAGAUCAACAUUCAAGAGCAGCUGGAGCUGGGUCGUCACUGGGGCCCUCUUCACAAGCAUGCGACCACCCCUGUUCCGCGGGAACCCGGCCUGGAGGAAGUCCAUAUCGUCUACAACGACGGUUCUCGCCGCCCCGACCCGUCGGCGUUCUCGAAGCUAGAGCUCUGGCACUCUGAUGUCACAUACGAGCUCCAACCCCCCAGCACCACGUCCUUGAAGGUCAUCACCGGUCCCCCGUACGGCGGCGACACCCUCUGGAGCUCCGGCUACGCUCUCUACUCUUCAUUUAGCCCCGGCUUCCAGAAGUACCUCGAGGGGCUGUCCGCCGUCCACAGUGCUGUGGCGCAGGCAGACGGGUCGCGCGCCGCCGGCCACACUGUCCGUCGUGAGCCCGUCGAGAGUAUCCACCCGGUGGUGCGCGUCCACCCCGUCACCGGCUGGAAGUCCGUGUACGUCAACCCCGGUUUCACCCGCCGCAUUGUCGGCGUGCCGAAGGCGGAGAGCGACGCGAUUCUCCAGCUCCUGUUCCGUCAGAUCGCUGUGAACGUCGACUUCCAGGUUCGCUUCCACUGGGAGCCCAACUCCAUCGCCUUCUGGGACAACAGGGUCGUGACGCACAGCGCUACGUUCGACUUCUGGCCGCACACUAGGCACGCGCUCCGUGUGACGCCGCACGGCGAGAGGCCUACUUCCGUCGCCGAUUAUGAGAGCAACACCGGCAAGGUUGCGAAGGACCGCCAGCUUGCUAUCUGGGAGCAGGAGGGUGUG